AUGAUAGAAACUGAAGGAAGAGAUGCAGAGGAUAUAUGGAAAGAUUACAAAACAUUGUUCAAUACUAAUAACUUAAAUAAAUUGGAUGUAACAGAGUUCAACCGAGUACUUGGUGUAUUUGUAAAAAACCUCACAAUUCCUGGGGCUUAUGGGAAAAUGUUGUCAAUAUUCCAAGAUAUGCGAGAUAUGGCCAAAGUGAAACCGGAUGAGUCUACAUAUAACAUUAUGAUGUCCAUGUACUUGAAGAAAAAAGAUUUCAAAGGGAUUAAUCUUUGUUUUGGUGAUAUGCAAAAACAAAAUAUUCUUCCAAACACCAUAACUUAUAAUAUAAUGAUAAAAGCUAUUAGCAAACUCGACAAAUCCGAUACUGCAAUGGCUCUUUAUAGUGAAAUGGUUGAGAGAAAAAUAAGGAGGAAUGAAAAAACUUUCACCAUGUUGUUUUGUGCGUGUUCCGCUAGACGUAACGUUCCUCAAGCUCAUCAAUUUUAUAGAAUUAUGCUUAAUGAAGGAUUACAACCUGAUAUUUACACUUAUAAUGCUUAUAUUAACGUAAUUGCAAGGAAUGCAAAGGAUUUAAAAGAAUUGCAGAAAGCGAUGGAUGUUAUUAAACAAAUGAGAGAACAAGGUGUAAAUCCGACACUAGUAACAUAUAAUAUUCUUAUAAAAGCUUUACAAGCAAUGGGAAAACGUACUGAUGCAUUACAUCUUUUCAAUCAAAUGGAACUCGAAGGCGUAAAACCAAAUUCCUCUACUCUCGAAGGGAUUGGCAUAACUGGAUUACAAGCUUUAUUAAAACUGAGAAAUACUUAUAAAGUAACUCCAAGCCAUACAGAUUUCAACACUUGUAUGGAUCAAGCCCUCAAAGAAUCAAAAUAUACUGACGCUAUGGAAAUUCUUUCAUAUAUGCAAGAGUCUGGGUUCAAACCGAAUGUUUCAACCUAUUCUAUAUUAAUGAAUGCGCAUAUUAGACAGAAUGACAUGAUUAGAGCCAUGGGAUUAUUUACUGCAAUGAAGAACGACAACGUUGAACCUGAUAAUUAUAUUUAUGCUUCUCUUAUUGAUGGUUUUGUGGCACAGAAUGAUGUCGAACAAGCUUUCACAUUAGUGAGUCACAUGUUAGAAUCCAAAAUUGAGCUAAAUAAAAUGACCAUAAAUAGAUUAAUAGAUACUGCUUCAAAGUCUAAGGAUCCUAAAUUGGUUCAAAGAGUUUUUGAACGAAUAGAAAGAUUAACGGUACCAAGUAAGGAUGCUUGUGAAAGAGUUCUCUGGCGAAUCGCUCAAUCAUAUGAUAUACCCGUAGUGGAAAAAUAUUUAAAGAUAAUGAAUAAGCAUAAUCAUAUUAUUAAUAGAGAAACAUUUACUGCAAUAAUCACGGGUGCAAGUAAAGGUUGCAAUUUAACUCAGGCCAGAUAUUGGUAUAAUCAAAUGAUUGAACAAGGAAUUUCGCCAGAUCAUAUGCUGCUUUCUAUGAUGAUAAGAGCCCAUGCCGAUGAUGCAAAAGAAAUCGAUAAAACUUUAUCAUUAUGGAAUGAUUUUCAUUAUUUUGGCAUUGCACCUGAUGAUGAUGACAUUAUGUAUGUGUUAAAUUUGUGUGCAGAGACAAGUCAUUGGAGAGACGAAAUCAAAAUUCUUGGUCAAUUGAAGGAGUUGGGUUAUGAUGCUGAUUCAUACAAAGCAAGAAUAACGGAAAAGAAACAACAAUCUAACGACGGAACUGAAUCAAAGAUGGAUCCGGAUGAAGAAUAUUAUGAAGAAUACGGUGAGUACCUUAAAACAAGAUCGGCUAAUACGUCUAUUAUAAGGGUGAAAGAAAGGAUGCAAAAAUGGGUUCGAGAUAUAGCGAAAAUAAGUUCUCAGAAAAUGGAUGAUAACGCUAAAAGUAGAGUUGAACAAUGGACUCCUUACAGAAAACCUCAAUUACCCAUAAUGGGGACGAAAGGUUAA